AUGAUUGUGGAUUGUAUACCAGAGGGAUUUCUAGAUAAGUCCACAUCGCUACUAUUGGUGAACGCCGUGUACUUCAAAGGAUUAUGGAAGUCAAGAUUCAAUAAAGAUAAGACUUCCCCUGAAGAUUUUUACAUGGCUGAUGGAUCUACAAGACAAGCUGAAAUGAUGAAACAGAGGAGUAGUUUCAGAGCCGUAUUUUCUAGCAGUUAUGGAAUACAUGGCCUGGAGCUUCCGUAUGACGGGGAUGAUAUCAGCAUGUUCAUAAUUUUGCCUGAACAAUCUCAUGCAACAGCGGUAUUAAAGGAUUUUGGAGCAGAUGAGUUACUUGAGUUUGUCGACCUCAGUGACCUUGUUGAAAAGUUUAAUGAGUUUAAAUUGGAUAAGGCCAUCCACACCGCCAAAAUUGUUGUAGAUGAGCAAGGCACGGAAGCGGUGGCCGUUACAAAACUCAUGUCAGUCAGUGGAGUUCUCAAAGAGGAGGGAAACAUAUCCAGUAUUUCGAGCAAAUAG